AUGACUUCAUCUCUUCUGACUAGCCCAUGUGGCUCACUUCCUCCACAGAAUCAUAAAAUUACUCUCCUUUGGCAUUUCCGCUUCGCUCGACUUUCCUUUAUUCGCCUCCUUCCCACGACAUCGACAUUCGUCAUGAAGCGUUUUGGAGACUCCGGGCCGAGAUUCAAGCUUUGCGACUCGUGGCUUUUCGUCUACUCCCCCGAACCUAGCCCCCCGACCGUCACUGAACACGCUGCAUACCUGGCCGACAAGGUCGGUGACAUCAACCUCAAUGAUUGGAGCACGAGUGAGGUGUCAGCGAAGCUGCCAGCUGAACGCCAACCUGAAAUCUCAGCCCCGACACUUCCCAAAGAACCCGACACAGAGCCAAUGGUUCACAUCCAGCCAGCCAACCAGUCUAAGGGUACUGAUUUGGAAAAACUUCCCCCGGAGCUACGUCUUCGACUGCUGUCUGGACUGGAUUUCAAGAGCUUGAAAGCCUUGGUUCAUGCAUCGCCCGUGUACCAUGAGCAGUAUGCUAUGAACCGCAAGACUUUACUGUUUCAGUCUUUCAUGAACAUGCUUGGUGGUGCUGCUCUAGAUGCCCAGAUGGCUUACCAUUCCGGCACGCAUGACUAUCUACGCGCGCGCAACAAGGAUUCCGUGGCCCAGUUCCUGCGAACAUACCUCAAGUACCGUUCCUCCACCACGUGGACAAGUCCCCAUGGGAUGUCUGCCGACGGUACAGCUCCCGACAAUCUCCGUCCUAUCGAUACAUUCACUCUGGACGAGAUCCUUCCCAUGAUCACGUUCCACAAGACAGUCGUCAAACCUCUUCUGGGACAUUUCGCUCACUGGGCAUUGGAAAAUCUUGCUCAAACUCCCGGAGCCCGCAGAUGUUUUGAGCUUCUGACCCAGACUGAAAAAGCUCGAAUCUACCGUGCUCUUUACCGGUACCAGAUCUGCGCUAACCUGUUUGGCUAUCGUCCGGGAAUCGAUGGGAAGGGCUUUGACGCGCCCCGACCUGAUUUCGACGGUGUUUACAUCCUGGCGUCACUCGAAGCAAUGUACGAGCCUUGGGAAAUCGAGGAGCUCACCUGCAUCACUCUAUUCUUCGAGUGCAGUUGCAAAGAUAUUUUUGAGCGUGUUGGUUUUGGCUUUGAUGAUUCGGAAUCAGAUACGGAAGAAUCACUUGACGAAGAAGACGUUGUGGUGUACACGGCUGGAUUUCUGUCUCAGGGGUUAGAGCUCUUGCACAGUCUCGUGGGGACAACGGAAAUCCCUGAUCUGUUGGCGAUUGUGAAGGACAACUUAGUCUACCGACUGGACGGCUAUUUUCUGGGAACCACGAGCUUGGAUGCCUUUGGAUUGGAUACUCUCGACUACAGACAUGUGCGGGGGCAUGAUGAACGGGACUUUAAACAACAUCGGCGUGACCCAUUGCCCUUCAAGGGAGACCAGACAAUGGAUCCGAAGGGCGUGUAUCCACCCCUCGCAUGGACCCUCCUAUGGUUGGAAACGUACAACAAUCGAGUUGGGAUAUUGAUUGAACGCAACAUCCAGCUCUGGGGUUAUGUUUUCUGGGACUCAAGUCGAAUGCAGUACAUGAACGCGAGGAAGGUAAUCGAGACCCAAUGGCCACGACUGCACUGGGACCAAGAUGACCCGAGACGGCAUCUGGAUUCGGAAGGACGUGUGAUUCCUGGAAACGAUGACGACCUGCAUUCACGCGGGAUAUUCCCCGUGACUCAUCCUCAAGCUGGAUUUUUAGCAUGA